AUGGCAAUGCUUUUCAUGGCUGUCUCAGGCACCCGUCCUUUGGUGGCCAACGAACCUGCAAAACACGAUAUUCAUAGAAAACUUUUUGUUGGUCAGAUUUUGGACGCAGUAUUUGGUCGUUCUCCACCUGAGGCACCUGCACAAGUAACUGUAUCAGUAGAUAAUCCUAAUGCAGAUCAUUCGGUUUUCGUUAUAGGACAACCUGUUGUCGAAUCAUGGGAAUCUUCCAUUCUAGGGUUCAAUCUUAAGAGCACUCUCACUCAUGGGCAUAUUUUUGCCCAUGAGGAGAAUUAUGUGAAAAAAAAAGAGUAUUUUAGCUCCACACUCAAGGGCCGUAAAAAAUAUGACCGUGAGGAAUUUGACAAAUGCCCACAGCUAUGGCAAAUGGAAAAUGCUACAGUGUUGUUUGAGCGAAUGCUGUCAACUGGAGGGAGGAAGUUCUUGAAGCUGAUUGGAGGAGUUGAUCUGCAAAAAACAAUCAAUAGAUGGAAGAGAGAUCUUACUAAGUUGGAAGCUCUGCUUGAGGAUGCUGAGCUGCAGCAAUUUCACAGUAAACAUGUCAAGUUAUGGCUCAAUGAUCUCCAAGAUUUAGCUUACGACAUGGAGGAUAUCAUGGAUCAUUUCGCAAUCGAAGCCCAGCGGUAUGAGUUGGAAAAGGCAGAGGAAGAUCAAGUUAAUGCAGUAGAUGAUCACUCUCACCAUGGGAUUCUAGACAAUAUGGUGCAAACCAUUUAUGCAAGUGGCUCAAGAGCCGCGGGUAGUCUCUCCACCUUGUUCAACCCUAUUGAUCAAGACAUUCAAGACAAGAUUGAUGACAUUUCAGAGCGCUUGCAAGAUAUACAAGACCAGACCCAGAGUUUAAGCCUCACUGCAGCACACAUGUUGCAGCAGCAGACCCUCCAAACAGAAACUAUUCGACGCCAAAGAGAAUCUGCUUCUUUGGUAGGCAAGGUUUUUGGAAGGGAUGACAAGAAAAACAAGAUAAUUACACUGCUAUUGAAAGAUGAUCAGAGUGCUGAGAAUUAUGCUGUGAUUCCUAUUAUUGGAACGGGUGGCAUUGGGAAGACGACCCUUGCUCAGUAUGUAUACAACAAUGAGCAACUGAACGGUUACUUUGAUCUUAAGGCAUGGGUGUGUGUCUCAGAUGUGUUCGAUGUCAAACGUAUCACGAUAGAUAUAAUUAACUCGGUCACCAAGAGCAGUUUCGACUGUAGCAACUUGGAUCAGGCACAAGUGAAGUUGCAGGAAGUGCUAAACAACAAGAAAUUUUUGAUUGUUCUUGAUGAUAUUUGGAGAGACGAAUAUGAUGAUUGGUACAAGCUACAGGAACCUUUCCAAUACGGUGCAGAAGGAAGCAAAGUGAUAAUGACAACCAGAAUUGAAAGUAUUGCAAUGAUGAUGGUUAACAAUCCUACUCAACGCAAUAUCAUCAAGUUACAAAGUUUGUCAAAAGAUGAUUGUUGGCUUAUAUUUCAGCAGCAUGCAAGAGUAGAUUCUGACCUCACCGACUUGCGGGAUGUUAUUAUGGAAAAGAUCGAUGGAUUGCCUUUGGCCGCAAAAGCUCUAGGAGGUCUCCUUAAAAGCAUUGCAGACAAAAACCAACACCGGAAGAUAUUAGAGAGCAAAGUUUGGGGUGAGAAGAGUAGUGUUUUGCCAGUUCUAAGGCUGAGUUACCAUCAUAUGCCAUAUCAUUUGAAGCGUGUCUUUGCUUAUUGUUCUGUGUUUCCAAAAGAUUAUGUGUUCAAAGAGGUGGAAGUUGUCUUACUAUAA